CUUUCAAGGGGCAUUUCUUCCUUGUACCCGAAGAAACCCUAAAGCUCGAAACUUUCAAAGCCAAUCUCUCUCCUUUUCGAAGAACCGAAAUCAACACCUUCCCAACCUCGCCAGGCCUGAUCGCAGCAGCUGCAUCGCACCGCUAGGAGCUUCCCGAAACAACAGCAGCAGCAUCUUUCAGCGUUGAACACCUUCAGCCCAAAUCAAGAAAUGGCUUACGUAGAUCAUGCAUUCUCAAUUUCAGAUGAGGACAUGAUGAUGGAGACCACUUAUACUGUAAAUAACAGGCCCCCAAUCAGAGAAAUUGCCCUUGCUGUAUCUCUUCUUGUUUUUGGAAGCAUUGGCAUAAUCUUGGGCAUUAUCAUGGCUUCCUACAAAGUUGGUGGCGAUCGAACCCAUGGGGUGUUCUUCACAAUCUUAGGGUCAAUCUUGUUCAUUCCCGGAUUCUACUAUACUCGCAUUGCUUAUUACGCAUACAAGGGGUAUAAAGGUUUCUCGUUCUCCAACAUACCACCCGUGUAGAGCCUCCACCUGUCAUUCUAUGAUGACAAUGCUGCUCAUCAUGUACAGAUCUGUCUCCCCCCCUUUUCUUGUUUCUCUUUUGAUAUGUUUUUAUGAGCUUUAAGCUUUGUCUGGGGUACUUCAUUAGUAUAUAGACUUUUGAUGUUCCAUGAACAAGCACAGAGUGUACAAACAAUAUCUCGUUGCAAUAUACUAGACUUGUGACAUCA